ACUGGGCGCUCUGCGGCCUUGUGAAGCGGGCGGAUUGGCUGGGGGCGCUUCGCUCAGCCAAUCCGGGCGCGUCCGGGCGUCGCGGCCCCGCCUCCUUCCCAGCGCUCGGGACUUGUAGCGCUCCGCGGGAAGAAGGCUGGAGCCCCGGUAACCGUGGGGCUGGGAUGGAGGCGGCAGUGGCGCCGGGGAGGGAUGCGCCCGCACCCGCGGCGAGUCAGCCCAGCGGCUGCGGAAAACACAACUCGCCGGAGAGGAAAGUUUAUAUGGACUAUAAUGCAACCACUCCCCUGGAGCCAGAAGUUAUCCAGGCCAUGACCGAGGCCAUGUGGGAAGCCUGGGGCAAUCCCAGCAGCCUGUAUCCAGCAGGAAGAAAGGCCAAGGAUACUAUAAAUGCAGCCCGGGAAAGCCUCGCAAAGAUGAUAGGGGGGAAACCUCAAGAUAUAAUCUUCACUUCCGGGGGCACUGAGUCAAAUAAUUUAGUAAUCCAUUCUGUGGUGAAACAUUUCCACGCAAACCAGACCUCAAAGGGACACGCGGGUGGGCACCACAGUCCAGUGGAGGGGGCCAAGCCCCAUUUCAUUACUUCCUUGGUGGAACACGACUCCAUCCGGCUGCCCUUGGAGCACCUGGCGGAAGAACAAGUGGCAGCGGUCACCUUUGUCCCUGUGUCCAAGGUGAGCGGGCAGGCAGAGGUGGAUGACAUCCUCGCAGCUGUCCGCCCGACCACACGCCUUGUGACCAUCAUGCUGGCCAACAAUGAGACCGGCGUUGUCAUGCCUGUUCCUGAAAUCAGUCAGCGCAUUAAAGCCCUGAACCAGGAACGGGUGGCAGCUGGGCUGCCUCCCAUCCUCAUGCACACAGAUGCUGCACAGGCCUUGGGGAAGCAGCGCGUGGAUGUGGAGGACCUGGGCGUGGACUUCCUUACCAUCGUGGGCCACAAGUUUUAUGGUCCCAGGAUUGGCGCACUUUAUGUACGAGGACUUGGUGAAUUUACCCCUCUCUACCCUAUGCUGUUUGGAGGUGGACAAGAACGGAAUUUCAGGCCAGGGACAGAGAACACCCCAAUGAUUGCUGGCCUUGGGAAGGCCGCGGAGCUGGUGACCCAGAACUGCGAGGCUUACGAGGCCCACAUGAGGGAUAUCCGCGACUACCUGGAGGAGAGGCUGGAAGCUGAAUUCGGUCAGAAGAGAAUCCAUCUGAAUAGCCAGUUUCCAGGGACCCAGCGGCUUCCCAAUACCUGCAACUUCUCCAUCCGGGGACCCCGGCUUCAAGGCCACGAGGUGCUUGCGCAGUGCCGAGUGCUGCUGGCCAGUGUGGGGGCUGCGUGCCACUCGGACCAUGGGGACCAGCCGUCCCCAGUGCUGCUGAACUGCGGCAUCCCCUUCGACGUGGCCAGGAACGCGCUCCGCCUCAGCGUGGGCCGCAGCACCACCAGGGCCGAAGUGGACCUCGUCGUGCAGGACCUGAAGCAGGCCGUGGCGCAGCUGGAGAACCAGGCCUAGCGCCGGGGCCGCCCUCCCCGCCCCGCUUCUAGGAAGCCCGUGGCAGGGCUCAGGAUUGUCCCUCCAGUUCCCUCCUGAGGGCUGGGCCAGGAUGACUGUCUCAUGCCCCCUCUGCAUUCUGUCCUGGAGUGCCUGCAAGUGUGCACCCCCAGUUUCCUUCCCUGGACCCCUGCAGAGCUCACAGGGCCCAGGACACCAAUGCCACAUAGGAACGCCCACAUAGAACCGUCCUCCAGUGGUGAAGUGGAAACACCAGCUUCAUCCACCCUCCCCACUGGGAACUGGGCAAGCCUGUUGGAAGUGCCCUUUCCUGGAAGGUGUUUUUAUCAGGAAGAUAGAAUCCAAGUAUUUAUAACUCAUUGUCAGCCAAAUGCUAUCAUGAACAUAGGAAACUUGAUUUUCUUGCUUUGAUCGUGGCCUCGCACCUGUACUUUUCCUGAGUGGUCUCUUCUCAGGCCCUUUUUAGUCCCUUUCCAAAGCUGCCCCCACCACCCUGCUCCUCUGGCCUCAGUGCACAGUGGCCCCCAGCCUCAGCCAGGCCUGCUCUGCUCAGCGCCUACCGCACACCACCCCUCCUGCUUCCCCGAGCCUGACCCUGUUCUGCCCACUGGCACUCAGGGCUGCGCGCUUCCCCAUCCACAGUCCCCAGGCCUUCUCGUCUUGUCCCUUUUGAUCAUUAACUCAGGGUUUCAGCUCCAACCUCACUGAGCUGGUGCAGCUCCAGGUCAUUCCUGGGGUGGGAAUUGGAUCAUCCCUGACUCAGCUUUUACCUUAAUUUUAUUUGCAGAGGAUUUUUUCUCAAAAUACUCUGUGGCAUUUGGACACACAUCCCAUGUCGAUGUUUGCAUAGGAGUCAUUUUCAGUGGAAUAACACUUUUAAUGUGUAGUUUUACGGUUCAAGGAACUACAUAAUGAUUUUGAGGAAACGCUUGCCAGAAACUAAAUGAACAAAAGAUUUCAGUGCC